AUGAUGUCCGCUCAGGCGAACCCCUGGUUCUCCAAUGGCCGAUCUUCAAGCUCGAAUCCAGGCAAUCCCAACCCUCCCUCCCCACCUCCUCAUCUCCCUCCUGACCCACCAGAUUCACCUUCCCUCGAUCCAACCCUUUUUUCUCCUCUCUCUUCUCCUAAACCCCUAUCUUCUCUUGUUCUAAAAGCAAAUUUGCAAAUUGGUUCUACUUUGAAACCCGCAGAUUUUGCCCCCUCUUCUCCUCUUACUAUCCUAACAGCAGUGGAAAUUGGUUCAUUGCUAAAAAAGUUCACUACUGUUCAUCCGUUAUCUGGAAAUGAAAAUUCUAGGUCACAAAUAACUAUUCAAAAGGGGAUCUCAAAACCUUUCACCUCUGAAGCUAAUUUUGAAGUUUCUGCUACUUUGGACGCUGAUGAAGUUUUCCAGAGAGGCUCUGCCCUUCACAAAGAAUUCAUAGUUGGCUAUUUCUGUGGAAACUGUCCAUCUUAUGGGCUGGUUCAGAGUUUCCUCAACGAUAUGUGGGGAAAAGGAAAGAAAAUAGAGGUUCACAUGUUUCCCUUGGAAACAAAGAUGUUAGUUCGUAUUCCAAAUGAGUUCAUCAGAUCGAAAGUUCUCCAGAAACAUAUCUGGCAUGUUGAGAUGACAAUGUUCCAUAUCGCUGCUUGGUCUGCUGAGUCUUAUAAUGUCUCGCCGUCUUUGCUCAAAAUCCCAAUAUGGGCCUAUUUAAAAGGAGUUCCAUUUGACCAGAUGCAUAAUGAAGACUUAAGUCCAAUCGCAGGAAAAAUUGGUGAGCCAAUAGAGAUGGAUGAUUGGACAAAAGAACUCACCAAUGUUUGUGUUGCCCAUGUUAAAGUUGCAGCAAAUCUCUCAAAAACUCUUUCCAUGACUAUGGAGCUGCUUAGACAAAGCAGCAAAGUCUUCAAUGUCACUGUCUAG